AUGUUUCCUUACAAGCUGUUUAUUUUAGUAUUCAUAGUGGCUAUACUAAUGGACAAUGGAGUUUAUUGUUGGUGGGAUUGGCUAAAAGGGGUAAUGGGCGGAGAUCCAAAAGAUGUUUUGACAGAUUAUGUUUUAAACGCAACUAUUGGUAAUGUUUCUGACUCUUUGAGAGGAAGUGCAAAAAAAUUUGUAAGCAGUCUCCUUGGAGGCGGUGAAUCACACAAAGGCUCGGGAUCUUCAGAUGGGAAUUCAGGCCUUCUUGGUCCAUUGUGGAGCUAUUUCGGCGAGAAAUAA